GUGCAAUGUUUUAAGAAAUUAAAAAGGACUUCGUUUCACCAGUAGGGACCCAGCCCUAAUGUGUUGUUAGAGUGACUUCACUUCCCAAUUUAGAGUGAGAGAGAGAAAAAAAGCUGCCAUCCGGUUAUGGACUAAGCGAGAAUUGUUGCUGCAAUGGUUUGCGCCAAAGGGUAAAUGCGCUUGUGCAUGGGUUGAUGCGAUUCAGUCAGGCUUUCCAGACUAGUUAUAACGUGUUUAAAUGACUAAAUGAGAAACAACGACUGAGUGACUGCUACAAUGGACUGUACGAUAAAGGUAGGCGAUUGAACUGGUUUUAUUGUCGCUUGUGAAAACGAUACGCAGCCACCCACUGAGUCGGUUAGCACGUCUCUGUUUGUUGAGUGAGAGAGGCAAAGCGGUGAUGCGAGGUCCCCACUCUUUCCUUCUUGUACAAAAUUUCCUCUUCCUUCCCGUUCGUGGUUGUAUGUCGGCUCUUUAAUAACACAAGUAACCACUACAUCUUUACACUCCGAUAAAAACGAAAUGGUGUCCAGCACUGCACGCGUAAAAAGGGGCGCGCAAAACUCGCGAUUUUAAUUGUUUCGUUUAAUCAAGUUUUAUGCAGACGUUCCUGGGUCAAAAGCAAAUAUGCUAGCUUAAAGAAAGUUACAGGUAAUUUAAAGAAGCGAUGCACCUGUCCCAAUUGAUAAAGACGACACAAUUGAGGCACAUUACACAGCAUAUAAGCAAUCUUGAUCAGUACAAAUUUAUUGGAGCGCGCUCGUGGUAGGUGUCUUGGCGCCAUGGAAAGUAUUUGGAAUAUAAGGCCACUUUCCAUAGAGUGGAGGAUCGAAAUCCGUGAGAUGACAGGUAUUUUAUAUUUUACAUUUCUUUCAACAUUAAUCAUCAUUACCACAACAUAUGAAUAACUGUUAGGAUUAUCUUAUCCAAUUAACAAAAGGACUUCAAUAAAUUAUUUUUCUUCAAUCGAAUUAUUAAAAUGGGGUAAUGUAAAGAUGAUCUAAAGUUUACCGAAAUUGAUGAGAAUAAUUAGGCUACUAUCUGCAGCCUAACUGUUAUUGGAAUAGAUAAAAUAUUGACUUAUCCAAUUGUUCAUUUUUCUCAUGAAGGUGGGGCACAAACCCUGACAAAGACAACCGAACAGCAACAAUUACAAAUAUAACGUAUUGAGUUAUUCCUUGUUAUAGCAAUAAUGAUGAUUAUUUUCACAUAAUAGGGUGAAUUUAACCAAACAGUUAACAAAUAGUUCGACAAAAAUAUGUAGAGCCUAAUUAAAUAGCUUGUUCUAUAAAACAACAAGGACCUUCAGCUUUGAAUAAAAAAUGCACUAAAACGAAUGGAUGAUCUGCCAAGGUUAUAAAGCUCACGAUCAAUUCAGUCUAUUUGCAGAACGAAACAUCAAUUUAGAAGCUAAUAACGAAACGAAAUAAAUGAGUUAACAGGUUUUGAAAUUGGUUGAGGAACCAUGUUGAUGAUAUAUUGAUGUAGCUAACGCAUUGGAAUAAACCAUUUACAUUACAAUUGUAUUAAACUUGAUUAAAUUGAUUAAAAUGUAUAUGUUUUGGACCAACAACUUUAGCCUACAUUUUAACACGCAUUGCAGGUGUCCAUCCUGUUUCUCGUCCACUGAAGUCAAAUCUCUUCCAGAAACAUGUUAACGAAAUGAUCAUUACUUUUCUUCAUACCCUACAGCUAUUACAACACAUAGGCCUAACAUACUUAGGCUACUAUUUGGAUAACCUGAGGGGGGGGAAUAAAUAGGCUACUUCUGGUUACUGAAAAUGGAUGUUAUUACAGUGACAUAUAGAGCGUAAUUUAGGAGCGCGCGCACGCACGCACGCACGCACUCACACAAACACACACUUUUACAACUUAAAUAUGACGGCCCAUCUACUGAAACAUGGAUAUUUACUAAAACAUCCAGAUAAAGUCAAUUGUUUUUGUCACAAAGUUAUUUAAAGAAUAUAGUGGCCUAAACUGCAAACAGGAGCGCUUGUCAGGUGUCGUUAUCUGAACUCUGCAGGCUUCCUGUCUCAAACCUCAGACUUUCCGCAACACAUUUCCGCUCCCUCGACACGAAAAAGGCAACAGAGACUUUGCAAAACAGAAUCAAGUCACUGGAUGUGUCGAGGCACUGCAUUGUUUUAGAUGUGAAUAAAUUAACUCUGAAUAUAACCAAAACGACCGUGCUCAUACUCCAUGUGUAUCCUUUAUCUUGGCAGCUACAUGCUUUAAGUUUCUAUUGUCUAAAAGCCAUGUCAUAGAAGCCAUGAUGUUGCCAUAUCAAAAGUUGUGUAAACCACGUUUUUGCAUGUUGAAGGAGCAGCUGCAGCAGGCCUUUGCAAAAUCAGCUCUACUUCUGCUUUCUUGGCCUCUACACCAUAUUGAGGAGAAGAGUUGGUCACAUGUUACAUAGAUCACUGUAGUGAAUUAGUGAUCAACUGCAAGCAAUAAGCAAAACAAACCGUUUCUUAAUAUUUGGCUCUUGUUUCAAUAGGCAGUUAUUUAUUCAUUUCAUAUGUGAUAAACAAUAACAUAAUUAACUUUUUUUAGAUGUAAACUUUUUAUCCAUUUACUUUUUAAAUCAUAGACGAUUGAAUAUUUAGCCGAGUUAAUAUUUUCCUGUUUGGCAAUGAACAUUCACCUUGGUAAACAAACUCUUUACAAUUUGAGGCCUCUAUGGAAAGGCAUCAUGAGCACAGAUCAAAGCUAAAAUAAAUUCACAACAUAAAUCGACUUCAGCAAUGAUAUGGAACAAAAGUGAAUCUAACCAUGAUAGUUCGGCAUGUACAGUGAGGGGAAAAAGUAUUUGAUCCCCUGCUGAUUUUGUACGUUUGCCCACUGACAAAGACAUGAUCAGUCUAUAAUUUUAAUGGUAGAUUUAUUUGAACAGUGAGAGACAGAAUAACAACAAUUUUUUUUUUUUAAAUGCAUGUCAAAAAUGUUAUAAAUUGAUUUGCAUUUUAAUGAGGGAAAUAAGUAUUUGACCCCUCUGCAAAACAUGACUUAGUACUUGGUGGCAAAACCCUUGUUGGCAAUCACAGAGGUCAGAUGUUUCUUGUAGUUGGCCACCAGGUUUGCACACAUCUCAGGAGGGAUUUUAUCCCACUCCUCUUUGCAGAUCUUCUCCAAGUCAUUAAGGUUUCGAGGCUGACGUUUGGCAACUCGAACCUUCAGCUCCCUCCACAGAUUUUCUAUGGGAUUAAGGUCUGGAGACUGGCUAGGCCACUCCAGGACCUUUUUGAGCCACUCCUUUGUUGCCUUGGCCGUGUGUUUAGGGUCAUUGUCAUGCUGGAAUACCCAUCCACAACCCAUUUUCAAUGCCCUGGCUGAGGGAAGGAGGUUCUCACCCAAGAUUUGACGGUACAUGGCCCUGUCCAUCAUCCCUUUGAUGCGGUGAAGUUGUCCUGUCCCCUUAGCAGAAAAACACCCCCAAAGCAUAAUGUUUCCACCUCCACGUUUGAUGGUGGGGAUGGUGUUCUUGGGGUCAUAGGCAGCAUUCCUCCUCCUCCAAACACGGCGAGUUGAGUUGAUGCCAAAGAGCUCGAUUUUGGUCUCAUCUGACCACAACACUUUCACCCAGUUCUCCUCUGAAUCAUUCAGAUGUUCAUUGGCAAUCUUCAAACGGGCCUGUAUAUGCGCUUUCUUGAGCAGGGGGACCUUGAGGGCGCUGCAGGAUUUCAGUCCUUCACGGCGUAGUGUGUUACCAAUUGUUUUUUUGGUGACUAUGGUCCCAGCUGCCUUGAGAUCAUUGACAAGAUCCUCCCGUGUAGUUCUGGACUGAUUCCUCACCGUUCUCAUGAUCAUUGCAACUCCACGAGGUGAGAUCUUGCAUGGAGCCCCAGGCUGAGGGAGAUUGACUGUUAUUUUGUGUUUCUUCCAUUUGCGAAUUAUCACACCAACUGUUGUCACCUUCUCACCAAGCUGCUUGGCGAUGGUCUUGUAGCCCAUUCCAGCCUUGUGUAGGUCUACAAUCUUGUCCCUGACAUCCUUGGAGAGCUCUUUGGUCUUGGCCAUGGUGGAGAGCUUGGAAUCUGAUUGAUUGAUUGCUUCUGUGGACAGGUGUCUUUCAUACAGGUAACAAGCUGAGAUUAGGAGCAUUACCUUUAAGAGUGUGCUCCUAAUCUCAGCUCGUUACCUGUAUAAAAGACACCGGGGAACCAGAAACCUUUCUGAUUGAGAGGGGGUCAAAUACUUAUUUCCCUCAUUAAAAUGCAAAUCAAUUUAUAAAAAUGUUUACAUGUGUUCUUCUGGAUUUUUUUGCUGUUAUUCUGUCUCUCACUGUUCAAAUAAACCUACCAUUAAAAUUAUAGACUGAUCAUUUCUUUGUCAGUGGGCAAACGUACAAAAUCAGCAGGGGAUCAAAUACUUUUUUCCCUCACUGUAGGCUGCAAUGCAUUUGGUUUAGACUAGUAAUCAGUCUCCCUUGUGAAUCAAGGAUAUAUCUAGGAACUGUAAGAGAGAGCAGGUGGGAAGCAGGAGUUGGACAAUUACAUGUUGGUUUGUUUUUGCACUGUGUUUGAGUUCUCGUAGAAGGUUCUUGAGCUAGAGCUCUGUUGUGAAUGUGAGGAUGUUUCACAACAGUUGGUUGUACAUGGUGGUGGUACAAGGAUGUAUCACUAUCGGUUACUAUGGCAUUCCGUCAACUGUGUGAGCACCACCCUAUGCGGCUGAUUCAUAAGAUGAUUAUCUGAUGUGCUGCUAACCAUCAACCAUUAAGCAGCUGAACCUGAGACGACAGACUUUAACUCACAGUCCUACAUCUUCUGCCUGUGUAUGGUUUAGUUGGCUUUUGUAUUUUGUUCAACAGCCCUUUUUAUGGCAGCAUCUAGUAUUAGGCUUAGGUGGGCUUAGUACAUUCAGUACAAACCUUUCAAUAGAUCAAAAUGGCCUAGGUGUGAUAAUGCACAAAUAUGUUGAAAAUAAAGAUUUGAACUUUGACGGCAGAACUGACAGGACUUUGAUAAUGUGUGUUUGUAGUGUGUAUGCGUGAACUUUGACAGCAGAACUGACAGGACUUUAAAAUGUGUGUUUGUAGUGUGUAUGCUAUGUGCGUGUGCAGACAAAAUUGUUUUCAAAACUAUUUUGUGUCCCUCAGCAACAGGGCCUAGCUUCUACGAAACUCAUUGAACAGGAAGUCAGUUGUGGCAUUGGCGGUCAGGCCGCAUUCAGUAUAUUUGUGUCAGUUUGCAAGCUAUAGAGGGAGAGGGAGUGAGAGAGGGGGGGUGGGGAGCGAGAAAGAAAGAGCAGGUGUAUGAGCUUGUGGCUGUGAAUGCACAAACAUGCCAUUGAAACAAUGAAUCAGCCUAAUGAAAGAUAAAAAGUUCAGCAAUUGAUCAAAUCACUCUAAUGCAUCACAUUACAAUAUAAGAAUGGCGCUCAUGACCCUUUCCAUGAAUCGUUGCUGCCCAGCCUCAACCUCUUUUCAGCUCAGCCCUUAGUUUCACUUCUGCAGUCAGGGCCUCAGCAGAACAUGAGAGGAGGAGGGAGACAGACAGGGAGAAAAAAGAGAGUAGAAGAGAGAGCGAGAGGAAAGUGACAGAAAGAGAGGAGAGAGAGGGUAACGGUCAGGGAGGAAAGUGUGGAGGACCUGUGAUGUGUUGUUCCUUUACCACUGAAUACAAACUUAUCACGUGUACUAACAUUUCAGUAUCAGGACUGAAAUAAUAUUGUCAGUUUGAUAUAUUAAUAUGUCGUUCAAUUAAGCUACAAUGUUUCUAUAGCUAACAGUCCUGUCACUGUUAGUCUGGAGAAGGAAAUUCCACUAAAUGUGUACCAUGCAUAAAAUGCUUUACAAUGCUCAGGUAACACAAUGGAAGAGCGGCACUUUGAACUUCAAUCAAGGCUGUGUAUUCUUGCUGUCCGACGUCCCCAAUCCUCCCCCUACCUUCAUCAACCCUAGGUUGUUUUCCAGCUUUAAAUGAGCCACAUCUUUACACUGUGGCCCCCCUCUGUUUCCUUUCCCUUGGCCUGUGCCAAAAGGUUUCUCUGCACAUGGGGGCCAGAUUUCCUGUGGAUCACCGAAAAAGCCUGGAACUGACGUACGAGUCGCAAAGACAAUAGUGAAGUCCUCUAAAUACACACGCACUUACUCCCACUUAGAACUACACAUAUAUACUUACCCACACAAAGACUCAACAACAAGGCCUAUCCUUACCCACCGUAUAGACACAACACGCCCUCGCAGACACACACACACACACACACACACAAACACACACACACACACGCACACACACACGCACACACACAAGCACACACACACGCGCGCGUAGAAGAGUGCCAUCUUGAAGAAUGGUUUGGAGUUUGGAGGCCUUUGUCAGCGUUAAACACAGGAAGCUGCACAAAGAAAGCGUCUCAAAUCUUGAUCUGACUCCGCCAAGCUCCCCCCCACCACCCCAAUCCCAACGAAUUAAAACUGUGACAAAGAUCACGGAAGCUCUCAUUUCUCCAAACGUUGAUGCCAAUGUACCGCAAGUAACCGCAAUCAAACAUUAUGAUACUGAGCUAAAUUGAUCAAAUAAAGACAGUGAUUUAUAAGCUUCAUGCCACAAUCUCCUAUUUUCCAUGUAAUGUUCCUCAAGCCACCAAUCACAAAUUCUAAAGAUGUCUGGACUAUGACAAAGUUAGAAACGGGAAUUAAUAAAUCCUUCAUCAAUAGAACAAGACUCAUUAAGGUGUGAAAUCUCGUUAUGGGUGUUCCAUUCAACGUAGUGUGGAAAAACCUCACAGAGGUGUGGGCAGUUUCCUGGCUACCAUCAUCACAUGACUAGUUGUGGCCCAUACUUACUGUAACGGCUGACUCCACUGUUUGUCUGUGCCGGCAGGAAGCGCUGUCCGUGGUGAGCGAGGACCAGUCCAUUUUCGAGCCGCCCUUCACUGCUGCCACGACCAUGCACAUGAAGGGCGAGAUGACGUCACCGGGAAGCUUCAGCCAGGCCUCCGAAGAGAGCCAAGAACCCACCGAGCCGGAGUGGGCCGGGCCGGGAGCACAGAACCCUGGGAAGAGAGGAGAGCACAUCAACGGAACCAGGUGAGGGAGGGCGCAUCAGGAUUAGCAGUCAUCGAGAGAAGUUAUACCACUUAUUUAGUGUUAUAUUUACCACAUUCCCACUUAUUUAGUGUUAUAUUUACCACAUUCCGACUUAUUUAGUGUUAUAUUUACCACAUUCCCACUUAUUUAGUGUUAUAUUUACCACAUUCCCACUUAUUUAGUGUUAUAUUUACCACAUUCCCACUCAUUUAGUGUUAUAUUUACCACAUUCCCACUUAUUUAGUGUUAUGUGCUAAAUGACGUAAAUGUAAAUGUCAAUGUAAAUGUAGUGUUAUAUUUACCACAUUCCCACUAAUUUAAUGUUAUAUUUAUCACAUUCAAGAGAGUUUACCGUCACCAUAAUAAUACUGAAACAGGAUAACACAGAAUCAUACCAGAAUAUUACUAAUCUCCCUACUCCCUCCCUCUCUCGACAGUCGUGAGUCCCCUGUGAAUUGCAGUGUGACCAAACGCUCCCGACACAUGAGCAGCAACGAUGGGGGUCAGCUGGCCUACCAGGCCUCGUACCCCGAGCCCCGCGCCAGCCCCCAGACUGUCACCCCGCCCAACAGCGCCACAGAGGAGAAGAGAGUCAUAGUGCCCGCAGGUGAGGUGCCAACACACUCAGCAAAGGGGUGCCCAGAUCCUAUGACACACAAAGAUCUGCAAAGAGAAUUGGCUGGGAUGGUGUUCCCAUCAUAUUGCCUUCACCUGUUAAAUUAUCUUCCAUUAUCUGGGAGUCAGCCAUUAAGAGCAGAUUGUGGGGAAGUGAGCAUGUUUUUGGAAUGGAAUCCAGCCAAUGAGUCAUUGUUGGGAGAUUCCACCUAAGAUGACAUUCCAAACAUGAGACAUCGUUAGGUGUGGUAAAUCUAUACAAUUAAUAGACAAGACUACAAGGUUUGAUUCUUAGUCUGAGUCACACAGGCCAAGCUAUUCUAGUGGCCAUGAUAAUACACGGAUAUGACAUCACAGCUGUGUUAAACAAGGACAAUGAAGACCCUAGGCCCUAUAAUCUUUGAGAAUUUACAAUCAACUAAAUAAAAGCUAGACAAUCAGGCCCCCAUUGAUGUUGUAAUGGUUGAGCAUAAGAACACAGCAUUAGCCGUGUCAAAAUGCAUAGAAUUGUAGGAAAUUGUAGAAGAUUAGAUUUGAACCUGCAACAUUUUCUCUCCGCUGCCAAGAUAAUAUGUUUGACUUAUUAUUUGGUCUGUGUCUGUUUUUUCACCGCUCAACCCUUAUGGUGAGUCGCGACUCAAAAGAAACCUCAAUUGGUAGGUCACAAAGCAAAACAGUUUGGGAACCCCUGCCCUAGGGUACAGACAGAGGCAGCUCCAGACUACUGUCUGAUAUUUUGGGGUAUUCAUGAGGUCCAUACGUCAUCUUUGGGUUCCUACGGUACUAAAAAAUACCUUUAGUUUCAUUUGAGGAGAAAAAACUUUUCCAUUUAACUUCCAUAAAACUAGUAACUUCUCAACUUUAUGAGAUGCUGGGUCUGUGUGAGUUAAAACAAACUCCUGCUUCCACAAUUUACCAAUCUCUCUCCGUCCUUCUCCUCUUCCUCCUGGUCCCAGACCCUGAGGUGUGGACCCAAGACCAUGUGCGCCAGUGGCUGGACUGGGCCAUCAAGGAGUACAGCCUGGAGGAGGUGGACAUCAUGCACUUCCACACACUGGAGGGCAAGGCCCUCUGCAAGAUGACCAAAGAGGAUAUGAUGCGCAUCACGUCCGCCUACAACACAGACAUCCUGCUUGGCCACCUCAAUUACCUCCGGCAGAGUAAGGGUUACGGCCUGGGACUCGUAGAAACAUUUCAUAUGACUAUUUUCAUUCUCCAUUAGGACAUAGCUGAUCUAUGUAUCCCAUUUUGUAACCUUCUUUGAAUCUCUUUUUAGGCAGCCCUACUUUCUCCUACCCCACAACUCCAACCAACAACACACAGCAACAACCCAGACUACAGGUUAAAUCAGGUAAGACAAUUAACUUUACAACUCAUAUUUGAGACCGAUAUCAAUUUUGGGCCCAUUAAAACAAUAACUGCAUUACCAAGAACAUAGUGACUUAGUGCAAAAUCCUUAAACUGCAUGCAUAAAGAACCUGGAGCUAGCAAGCAUUGAGAUAUACAGCCUUAAAAUGAGAAGGGGAUUAAAAUGGAGGGUUUUUGUGGAAGGAAUCAUCUAUUCAAACCUCUCUCUGAGGCAGAUCAAAUACUUGACUAAUUUAAUGGAUUCAAAAUGAAGUGUUGAGUUGCCAUUCCAGAUUACAUAUUUUAGAGCGCUUUAAAGUUUCUUGGCGGAGUGUUUCCCUGAGUUGACGACUCUUUGACGAGUCCACGACUCAACAGUCAGUUUCAGACAGGAAACAGCUGCACCGGCAGAGGAAAAUGGGGGGGUAUGGGUCCCAAUUUGGGACACAAUUGACAAUCAAUGGGAAUGCUCAGUGGCGCAUUUGAUGGUCAGGAAGUAUGAUUUCAGUGUGUCACCAUCAGAGCAUGUGAGCGGAGUGGAGCGGGAGUGGAGCGGAGUGGAGCGGGAGCGAGCGGGGAGCGCGAGCCGCCGGAUUUUGGACAGAGCGCAGAGCGGCAUUUUUAAAAGGACGGAGCGUCGCCCUAUGUCCCGCUCCAAUUUCGCUCUGCUCACACCACGAGUCUGAAGCAUGCUCAGGCCUGACCCAGAAUCCAUCUGUGUCUUGCACAGUCAUCCACAGUAGACUAUUUUCAGUCAAAACUCGGCUCAAUAAUGGAGUUCUCCGAGUACUAAAAUGAGAUGUCCUACAGGUGUACUAUUAAUAUAAAACUAACUAACAAUGAUAAUGUGGUUCAAGAAAAAGAAUGUGGUGACAUCGUUUCAGUCAGUAAAGAUUCAUUUUGGAAUCUAAAAAGACACAUCUCUCGAAAACACGAAAGUGUGCUACGUGAACACGCUGGGAAGAAAGCAAAAGGUUAGCAAGUUGAAUAGGGUAACUUGUAACAAAAGUGUACAUUAAAUAUAGCCUAAUAUUCAAACAAAUUCGUUUUGUCAUUCAAAGUAGGCCUAAUAUAUGGUUCGUUUAAUUUAAUUUGUGUCGUCCAUGAAUUUGUAUUUUAUAGAGCAAGAGGAGCAGCAGCAGCAACAAGAGAAAAGGGUUGAGGAAUUCAAAAGUUUCUUCACUGCACUCAAAGGCCCAACCAUAACAAGGGAGAGAAAAAGAGAGCUGGAUGUAGCAUUUUAAAAAAUGAUUUACAUGGACUAUGAACCGCUGAGUACAACACGGUACGGGACACACUCAUGCCACAUGCCCUGGAAGAGAUGGAAGCCAAACUGCAAGACCUACUGCAAAAUGGUGAUGGGCUCGUUCUGUCAGCGGACAUGUGGACCAGUAGAAGAGGGCACAGCUUCCUUGGCAUCGUGGCCAGUUUAAUUGAUGGGACGUUCCGGGGGCACACGGUUUUGUUGGGCUGUGAGCACAUACAGGGGCACCAUACCGCAGAUCGUAUUUACCAAAAGUAUGAAAGUGUACUGAAAUAUUGGAACGUGCAACGACGUGUGAUUCGUGUCGUCACUGACAGUGCCAGCAACAUGAUCAAGGCAUUUAACCUCCUCCCUGGCACUGAAGAGGAGGCGGAGGGUGAAGUGACCGCGGAUGCCAGCAGCAGCGCAGACCAUGAAGAGGAGGAUGAGGGACCACCUGCGCCCUCGCAAGUCCAUGUGGAAGUGAUAACCUCUAAUGUAGAAACUAUGAUAAAUCAGUACUUUACUGUGUCAAAUUUACAUCUUGAGAUGCCCCAUUCACAUGCUUCAGCUGGCGAUCAAAGACGCCAUUAACGAGCACGACAACAUGAAUAGGCUGUUAGUGAAAGUCGGGCACCUGGUGAAAAGCGUACGCAAGAGCACCCUGAACACAGAGGAAACCGACCAAUUAGGUGUCCGCACCACAAAUGCCUGCGCCACUCGAUGGAGCAGUCAGCUGCGGAUGAUUCAGUCGUUCAUCCGGUUGUUCCAAAAAGACCCGUUAUGGCAAAACAAACUCAAGUCUAAUGUUGCUAACGUGGUCCUCUGUAGCUCAACUGGUAGAGCACGGCGCUUGUAAUGCCAAUGUAGUGGGUUCGAUCCCCGGGACCACCCAUACACAAAAAAUGUAUGCACGCAUGACUGUAAAUCGCUUUGGAUAAAAGCGUCUGCUAAAUGGCAUAUUAUUAUUAUUAUUAUCACCCUGAAUCAAGUACGGCAGCUGACGCACCUUGUCAGUGUGCUGACACCACUGGCAGACCUCACAGACAAAAUGCAGAAGGAGCUGGGGAACCUGGGGAUGAUCCUCCCUGCUGUCACAUAAAUCAAAUCCCUGCUCACCGAUGACACUCACGCUGCACUUUCAAUGGGCAUCGCUGCUUUUGCAGAAACAUUGGCAAACAACGUGUCAAUUCGCUAUGGAAUAUACUAUACUGAUAAACAUCUCAUUUUAGCAUCAGUGUUAGAUCCCCGUUUCAAGACAGAAUGGAUAAUCCGAGAUGAGUCUGUAUGCAACAAACUCGGGGAGAACCGUGACCUCCUCAUAAAAGAAGCUGAAGAAAUUAACGCUCCCAGCGGCACACCCGAGACAGACACCCCACCCGCCGCUGACCUGAAUCCCGAGCCUGAACCAAAAAGAGCUCGCCUGUUCGGGUCAUACUUCAGUGAGCAGCUACGCAUAACCGGAGACGCCAAAGGUGAAGUCGAAAAUUACCUCUCAUCCCCGAGACAGAACCCGGACGCAGAUGUUAUUCGAUUUUGGAAAGAAAACUCCAUGUCUUUUCCCCGCCUGGCUAAAGUAGCUCGCAUUGUGUUCAGCAUCCCAAGCGGGUCUGCGAGCGCAGAGUGGGUUUUCUCCGCUGCUGGCCUGCUGUCAAGAAACCACCGCAUGAGUCUGAAGCCUCAGACAUUGGCCAAACUUGUGUUCUUGAAGGUGAACUCAAAAGAACUGUAGAUAAGGAAAGCGAAUUAUUUUUUUUAUUUUAUUUUUUAAGUUUGACAAUGGAUAUAAGCCAAUUUAAAUUUUAAUCCACGUGCAAGCUGCGCAAAAGUUCAGUUAUCAGAAUUUUGGCCUAAUAGUUCAUUUACUUUUAAAACUUUGAUGUAUAGCCUGUAUAUUUUUAUUUAUAUAAUUAGGCCCAUUGAUUCGUUUAAUUUUACAGGACUUUUUGUGUAUAUUCCUUCUUACAUAGGCUAGGCCUAAUUUGUAAUUUGAAAUAAAACAUUUAUAUUUGGAAAAUGUUGUCGUUGCUCUUUAGUUCUUUGGGAGGUAAGGCUGUGGUUUAAGCUAAAAGUGAAAUACAUGCAGAUUUUUUUCCUUUUUUGGAGCGAGCGAGGGGGCGAUUUGAGUGGAGCGCGAUGCAAACUUCGUUGAGCGCUGAGCGAUAAUGAGCGGACUGGCCUGAUGUGGCUUUGAGCGGGGGGAGCGGAGGGGUGAACAGCUCCGUGAGCGAUGAGCUGAGAUUCUCACCGCUCCACUCCGCUCAUAUGCUCUGGUCACCAUCUUGCUACGCGGAGGAGUUUUUGGAUACAUUGCAUGCGCAGUUUGAGCUCCUCUAGGAAGUGACGUUGCAGGUUAGCUCAGUGUUGACCCCUCUCAUGUAGUAUGUCAAGCUGAAGGCCCUCCGAGGUACUGCAGGCUGACAUUAGCAACUAAAUGAGCCUUAUAACUUCGUCUGUGUGUGAUUUUAAAGUAAAUCAGUUCAAGGACAUGCAUCUGGUGAAAUAGAAGCAACUAUUGAUACCAUGAUUGUGUUCGGAAAAAAAUGCUGCCUUCCUUCUAUGGCUGCUGGGUGAAUCCAUUUGAAUUCAAUCACUUUUUGACAGCCGCUUUUGAUUUGAUUUGAUUGAUUUUCCCAUUGUAGAAGUGCUCAGAAAGGUGCUCAAAGUUGACCAAUUUUGCAUACCCCACCAUACCAUGAGACGUCCAUGUCUUAAUCACUAGAAAAGAUAAACGGUUGAGAUUGCUCUAAUUUAAAAGCUUAUAAACAGUGUUAUCAAACUAUUUCUUGAAAAUAAAAAUGUAAUUUAACCUUAAACAUAAAUUAUCUAUAAAUGUUGAAACUCCGAUUUGUUUCAUAUUCUAAUAUGUUGUAGUUAAGACCCUAUUUCUCAGGUUUUGUGUUGUGCCCGCCAUCGGUUGAGACAACAUGCUCUUGAAUACAGGGUGGGUGUUAUGUUCUGGUAAAUGUACAAAAAUGGGAAUAUAAUUGAAAUUUCAACUUUCAAAUGGUACCACAAAGAUGGUUGGAGGUCCACAAGUCAGAAAAUGUUGACUUGAAUGAAUACUGUUAAUCCUCCAUAGGAAACCUAUUGAAAUAAUAGAAAUAUAGAUAAUAGAAUAUACUUUUAAUUUAAUUAUUAUUUUUUUCACCUUUAUUUAACCAGGUAAGCCAGUUGAGAACAAGUUCUCAUUUACAACUGCAACCUGGCCAAGAUAAAGCAAAGCAGUGCGAUAAAAACAACAACACAGAGUUACAUAUGGGGUAAACAAAACAUAAAGUCAAAAAUACAACAGAAAAUAUAUAUACAGUGUGUGCGAAUGUAGUAAGUUAUGGAGGUAAGGCAAUAAAUAAAUAGGCCAUAGUGCAAAAAUAGUUACAAUUUCGUAAUUAACACUGGAAUGAUAGAUGUGCAAAAGAUGAUGUGCAAAUAGAGAUACUGGGUUGCAAAUUAGCAAAAUAAAUAACAAUAUGGGGAUGAGGUAGUUGGGUGGGCUAAUUUCAGAAUGGCUGUGUACAGGUGCAGUGAUCGGUAAGCUGCUCUGACAACUUACACUUAAAGUUAGUGAGGGAGAUAAGAGUCUCCAGCUUCAGAGAUUUUUGCAGUUCGUUCCAGUCAUUGGCAGCAGAGAACUGGAAGGAAUGGCGGCCAAAGGAAGUGUUGGCUUUGGGGAUGACCAGUGAGAUAUACCUGCUGGAGCGCAGACUACGUCUGGGUGUUGCUAUGGUGACCAGAUAGCUAAGAUAAGGCAGGGAUUUGCCUAGAAGUGAUUUAUAGAUGACCUGGAGCCAGUGGGUUUGGCAACGAAUAUGUAGUGAGGGCCAGCCAACAAGAGCGUACAGGUCACAAUGGUGGGUAGUAUAUGGGGCUUUGGUGACAAAACGGAUGGCACUGUGAUAGACUACAUCCAAUUUGCUGAGUAGAGUGUUGGAGGCUAUUUUGUAAAUGACAUUGCCGAAGUCAAGGAUCUGUAGUAUAGUCAGUUUUACAAGGGCAUGUUUGGCAGCAUGACCAUUUAAGUUAGCAUUUGACGGUGGGUGGACCGGCGGCCAUCUUUGUGGUAGUAAUUAGAAGUAAACAUUUAAAUUUAAAUGUAAAUUAUGUACCAGCUAAAUUGCAGUGGUCUGAAAGGAUAGGUCCAUUCUUUUUCUAUGACUGAAAUGACACCCACCCUGUAUUCAAGAGCAUGUUGUACCUCAACCGAUGGCGGGCACAACACAAAAACCUCAGAUGAUGUAAAAUAGGGUCUAAGCUACAACAUAUGCAAAUAUGAAGAAAAUAAUCAGAGUUUACGUGUUUUUAGAUAAUUAACGUUAAAGGUAUUAUUUAUUAUUUAGUCAUUUAUUUGAAAACAGUUUGAAAAACCUUUUUAUAAGCUUUUAAAUGAUAUCAAACUCAACUGUUUAUCCUUUCCAGUGAUGAAGACAUGGAUGUCUCAUAGAUGGUAUGCAAAAUGGGUCAACUUUGAGCACCUUUAUCUCCUAAAUGUUUUGGCAUUCAGGUCCAAAAAGUCACUUUCUGAAUACUUCUUCCAUGUACAAACAUUUUAUGGAAAGUUUUGUUUAAAUCAAAAGGGAUGCUGUCAAAACGUGAUGGAAUUCAAAUUGAUUUAUUUACCCUGCUACCCUGUCUGUCCUGUAUGCUUAAAAGCCCUCUCUGAACUUUCUUCCUGUGCAUACCUCGUCUCACCCUCCUUUCUUUUUGAGCAGAGAACAGCUAUGAAGAGAUAGGCAGAAGGAACAGCUGGUCAUCGAACCCCAUGCCGCCUGCAGUACCCAAAGGUACAAUAACAGACGUCACAUCUCAUUCUCAGUGCUUUACAUUUAUUGUGAGCACUAAGGCAGAUUCAUACUAAUAGUUGUAUCAGAUAUUAGUUAGGCAACUUCUUUCUAGAAAUUAUUACCACAGUGUUUCACAGUAGAGACGGAACACAUUCAUUAAGUCAAGCAUUUUGUAGUUAAAGAUGGAAUAAUAAUGAUAGAGCAAAUUAAGAGUAAACAGAGAACUUUGUCGACAUGUUUUCAUUGUGCUGAUAAAUACAUCAUGUUGUUUAUGAUUUAGGUUCUCCCAUUGAGCACCAAAACAGCACCAGACUCACAGAGCCUCCGCCGAGAAUUGUGCAAGGUGUGCAUCUGUACUGCUUUCUCUUGUUUCCUGAUCCUAGUUUGUUGUAACAGUGGUAUAACCUUUGUACCAGUCAAGUCAACAAUGUCUUAAUAGACAAAUCUAACCUUUCCAACCCUUAAUUUCCUUGCAGACCCAUACCAAGCAUUAGGUCCCAUCAGCAGUCGUCUAGCCAACCCAGGUGAGAGCAUAUCCCAUAAUGCACCAUGUUCAACAGGUGAACCAAAUAGGUGGUGACAAAUGUGGCCUUUACACUGUCUGCUUUUGUGUCAUGAACUGUAACACACCAAAAGAGAUUGAAUGGGAGAAAAGAGGAGGGCUGAGGUAUUCCUUAAAAAGAGAACAAUUAAUAGUCAUACAUUCCCUGUCUGGGAUGGCACAUUGACAAAAACGUCCACCUAGAUGAUAGCAUUAUACAUUCGCGCCCUCAGCAAAACUAGGCUGAAACAUUUGAAUUAUUGUCUCCCGUUGACCAGAAUUACCCUGUUUGACAGAAUGAAUUCUGUAUCUCCUCACAGAAGGCCAGGCCCUCCACUCCAAGAACCGAACAGGCAAACACAGUUCAUACAGGCUGCCUGACCCCAGCGCUCACAGGCCUGUGGGUAGGUUUCUGCCUGGUCCACCCACGUUCUGUCUCAGUCAAAUGGCACACAGUGAAAAAGGUCACAUUUGCAGAAGUAGAACCACAAGUUCAAACUUUAAAGUGUAUUUAGAAUCCUGGUGGCAUCUCUUAUACAAGUUCUAUUCUCAGACACAGACCCCCAUGGGACAUAGAUUGAUAUGACAAUAGCAAAAUAGACCACGAGAAGGAGAUAUCAAUGGUGCAUGAAUGAAACUGCAUGUGAAUGAGUUAAAUAGUAUUUUUGUGUCAAAUUGCCAGUUGGCAACCCAUCCCUUAUGGGAUUAAUUUAAACAAACAAGAAUGACAAUGAUUCACAGUGAUAAUUAUUCCGGUGUUCUGUGCAGUGCACAUCGCAUAAAGAAUUAAAUGGAAAUCAAUACAUAAUAGUAGAUAAGGAUAUUCAAGCAAAAAACAUUUAAAACAUCUAUACAAAUACAGAAAAAUGAAAUGUGUGUAUGGAUAAAACUACACUAAUCUACAAACAAUCCUACUCUUAAGAGGAGCAUUUCAGAACCAGAUCUUACUUUAACAGAACUCAGCCCUUUGAUGCAUCCAUCCCCUUCACACCCUGUCCCAUUUCUCUUCCUAGGCUCUGGACAGAUCCAGCUGUGGCAGUUCCUGCUGGAGCUGCUGUCGGACAGCAACAACUCCAGCAUCAUCACCUGGGAGGGCACCAAUGGCGAGUUCAAGAUGACCGACCCGGACGAGGUAGCCAAGCGUUGGGGCGAGCGCAAGAGCAAGCCCAACAUGAACUACGACAAGCUGAGCCGCGCCCUGCGCUACUACUACGACAAGAACAUCAUGACCAAGGUGCACGGCAAGCGCUACGCCUACAAGUUUGACUUCCAGGGGAUCUCACAGGCCCACCAGAGCCACGGAGGGGAGGGGGGCAUUGUUAAGUAUCAGACUGAGGUGUCUUAUGCCCAGUCCUACCACAGCCACCAGCCAAAAAUGAACUUCAUGAACACACAUGCCGCCCCUAUGCCCGUGUCCCCUGGGAACUUUUUCGGACAGCCUACAAAUUACUGGAACUCAACAACCAGCCCCAUGUAUCCGGGAUCUCCCAUGCCAAGGCACCCGGGGACUCACUCCCACCUGAGCUCAUACUACUGA